GGAGAAGGAGAGGGAGAGGGAGAAAUGGAUAGACAUGGCAAUAUCAAGAAUGGCUGAAAGUGAGAAGAGAAAAUGGGAGGAGAGGAGGAUAAGGGAGGAAGAAAGACAAACUGAGGUGGAGUGGAAAAGGAUUGAGGCAGAGAGAAGCAAAGUGGAAGAAAUGAAAUUGACAGAGAGAAUUGAGCUGGAGAUCCUGAGGAAGAAAAGGAAGGUGGGAGAGGAAAAGCAGAGAGGGAAGGAAGCCAUCGAGAGGGGAAAGGACGCAAUAAGAAAGAAGGCUCUUGAAAAGGAGAGGGGAAGCAUUGAAAAAGAGAGAGUGAAACUGAUGGAGGAGAAGAGGGCGGUAGAGGAAAUGAAGGCUAGAGUUGACCAAGAUAGACUGGAGAUUGAAGAAAUAAAGCUAAGAGAGACUCAACAAAGAGAGCUAGAAUAUGUGAACAGAAAGAAAGAGUUGGAGGGUGAGAAAAGAAAGGCUGAUGCAAAGAGAGAGAGAAUGAGGGAAGAAAUGGAGAAAGGUCUGAAGGAGGUGGAGGUGCAGAAAGAGAAACUUGAAGAAAACGAGAUGAGGCUCAGGGAGAAGUUAGCAAAGAAGAAAGAGAAGGUUCUCAUGAGAAAGAAAGAGUUGGAGGAUGAAUGUCAAAAAAUUGAAACUGAAAAAAGGAGAGUUGAAGAGGAAUUGAAGGCGGUGCAGGAGAAAGUGAAUCUCCUGAAAGCACAACUGCUGGAGGGCAAAAGAAAGAUGGAGAUGCAGAGAAAUGAGGAGGGAAUGAGCAAGUCAAGGGUGGAGCAAGAGUGGAAGAUGCUUGAGAUGGAGAAAAAGAGAAUGGAGGAGAAAAUGGAGAUGGAGAGGAAAGAGGUGGAGGCUCAGAGACUGCACCUGCAAGAGAAGGAGAGAAAGCUCAAGGAGGACGUGACAAUGAAGAAAGAGAAGAACGCCUCAAAAAAGAAAGAGGUUGAGGAAGGAUGGAAAAAUAUUGAGGCAGAGAGGAAAACUGAAAAUGAGAGGAUGACAUCCAGAAAGAAGGAGGUCGAGGAUAAGUGGAAAAAGAUCGAAACUGAGAGGAGGACAAUGGAGGAGAGGAUAAAGAGUGAAGUCAAUAAAGUGGAGAUUCAGAGACAGAGACUGCUGAGGAUGGAGAAAGAGAAUUGGGACAGAAAGGAGCCAAAGCCUGAAGCCUGUAACAAUGAUUCUCCUGGAAAGUGUGAUGAGAGUAGAGACAGACAAGAGACUAAACCAAACAAAAACAUGAAUGUGGAAGAAUGCACUCAGGACAAGACUGUAGGUCAAAAGAAUAACGAUAGCAAAGAAUCAGAGACAAGAAAAGCACCCAAGAUGCAAGUUGAGGGGACAGUGACUGAAAAUGAACAUGAAAAGGACGUUGACAAUUCUCCAUGGGACAGUGAUGAGAGUGAGCGCAAGGUCACCACAGAGAAGGAAGAGGCUAAAUUGAUCCAGAAAAAUAAGGAAAAGGUGAAGAUGCAGGACACAGACUUUGGUAUAAAUGACAAAGACAACAUGGAGGAUAAAAUGGAGAUGGAGAUGAAAGAGGUGGAGGCUCAGAGACUGCACCUGCAAGAGAAGGAGAGAAAGCUCAAGGAGGACGUGACAAUGAAGAAAGAGAAGCACGCCUCAAAAAUGAAAGAGGUUGAGGAAGGAUGGAAAAAUAUUGAGGCAGAGAGGAAAACUGAAAAUGAGAGGAUGACAUCAAGAAAGAAGGAGGUCGAGGAUAAGUGGAAAAAAAUUGAUACUGAAAAAAGGAGAGUUGAAGAGGAAUUGAAGGCGGUGCAGGAGAAAGUGAAUCUCCUGAAAGCACAACUGCUGGAGGACAAAAGAAAGAUGGAGAUGCAGAGAAAUGAGGAGGGAAUGAGCAAGUCAAGGGUGGAGCAAGAGUGGAAGAUCCUUGAGAUGGAGAAAAAGAGAAUGGAGGAGAAAAUGGAGAUGGAGAGGAAAGAGGUGGAGGCUCAGAGACUGCACCUGCAAGAGAAGGAGAGAAAGCUCAAGGAGGACGUGACAAUGAAGGAAGAGAAGGACGCCUCAAAAAUGAAAGAGGUUGAGGAAGGAUGGAAAAAUAUUGAGGCAGAGAGGAAAACUGAAAAUGAGAGGAUGACAUCAAGAAAGAAGGAGGUCGAGGAUGAGUGGAAAAAGAUCGAAACUGAGAGGAGGACAAUGGAGGAGAGGAUAGAGACUGAAGUCAAUAAAGUGGAGAUGCAGAGACAGAGACUGCUGAAGAUGGAGAAAGAGAAUUGGGACAGAAAGGAGCCAAAGCCUGAAGCCUGUAACAAUGAUUCUCCUGGAAAGUGUGAUGAGAGUAGAGACAGACAAGAGACUAAACCAAACAAAAACAUGAAUGUGGAAGAAUGCACUCAGGACAAGACUGUAGGUCAAAAGAAUAACGAUAGGAAAGAAUCAGAGAAAAGAAAAGCACCCAAGAUGCAAGUUGAGGGGACAGUGACUGAAAAUGAACAUGAAAAGGACGUUGACAAUUCUCCAUGGGACAGUGAUGAGAGUGACUCCAAACUCAUCCCUCUGAAAAAGACCACUCUAAAGAAAAAGAGAACAUGUAAGGGCCAGAUAAUGGACAUGGACAAUGGUAUAAAAAAUGAAAGUCUCUUGGAAAAGAAAGGGCAAGUACUCAUGGAAGCUGAAAAGAGGGCAGAUGCAGCGGAACAGGAUGAUGAUGAUUCACCCUGGGACAGCGAUGAGAGUGAGCGCAAGGUCACCACAGAGAAGGAAGAGGCUAAAUUGAUCCAGAAAAAUAAGGAAAAGGUGAAGAUGCAGGACACAGACUUUGGUAUAAAUGACAAAGACAACAUGGAGGAUAAAAUGGAGAUGGAGAUGAAAGAGGUGGAGGCUCAGAGACUGCACCUGCAAGAGAAGGAGAGAAAGCUCAAGGAGGACGUGACAAUGAAGGAAGAGAAGGACGCCUCAAAAAUGAAAGAGGUUGAGGAAGGAUGGAAAAAUAUUGAGGCAGAGAGGAAAACUGAAAAUGAGAGGAUGACAUCAAGAAAGAAGGAGGUCGAGGAUGAGUGGAAAAAAAUUGAAACUGAAAAAAGGAGAGUUGAAGAGGAAUUGAAGGCGGUGCAGGAGAAAGUGAAUCUCCUGAAAGCACAACUGCUGGAGGGCAAAAGAAAGAUGGAGAUGCAGAGAAAUGAGGAGGGAAUGAGCAAGUCAAGGGUGGAGCAAGAGUGGAAGAUCCUUGAGAUGGAGAAAAAGAGAAUGGAGGAGAAAAUGGAGAUGGAGAGGAAAGAGGUGGAGGCUCAGAGACUGCACCUGCAAGAGAAGGAGAGAAAGCUCAAGGAGGACGUGACAAUGAAGGAAGAGAAGGACGCCUCAAAAAUGAAAGAGGUUGAGGAAGGAUGGAAAAAUAUUGAGGCAGAGAGGAAAACUGAAAAUGAGAGGAUGACAUCAAGAAAGAAGGAGGUCGAGGAUGAGUGGAAAAAGAUCGAAACUGAGAGGAGGACAAUGGAGGAGAGGAUAGAGAGUGAAGUCAAUAAAGUGGAGAUGCAGAGAAAUGAGGAGGGAAUGAGCAAGUCAAGGGUGGAGCAAGAGUGGAAGAUCCUUGAGAUGGAGAAAAAGAGGAUGGAGGAUAAAAUGGAGAUGGAGAGGAAAGAGGUGGAGGCUCAGAGACUGCACCUGCAAGAGAAGGAGAGAAAGCUCAAGGAGGACGUGACAAUGAAGGAAGAGAAGGACACCUCAAAAAUGAAAGAGGUUGAGGAAGGAUGGAAAAAUAUUGAGGCAGAGAGGAAAACUGAAAAUGAGAGGAUGACAUCAAGAAAGAAGGAGGUCGAGGAUGAGUGGAAAAAGAUCGAAACUGAGAGGAGGACAAUGGAGGAAAGGAUAGAGACUGAAGUCAAUAAAGUGGAGAUUCAGAGAAAUGAGGAGGGAAUGAGCAAGUCAAGGGUGGAGCAAGAGUGGAAGAUCCUUGAGAUGGAGAAAAAGAGAAUGGAGGAGAAAAUGGAGAUGGAGAGGAAAGAGGUGGAGGCUCAGAGACUGCACCUGCAAGAGAAGGAGAGAAAGCUCAAGGAGGACGUGACAAUGAAGGAAGAGAAGGACGCCUCAAAAAUGAAAGAGGUUGAGGAAGGAUGGAAAAAUAUUGAGGCAGAGAGGAAAACUGAAAAUGAGAGGAUGACAUCAAGAAAGAAGGAGGUCGAGGAUGAGUGGAAAAAGAUCGAAACUGAGAGGAGGACAAUGGAGGAGAGGAUAGAGAGUGAAGUCAAUAAAGUGGAGAUUCAGAGACAGAGACUGCUGAAGAUGGAGAAAGAGAAUUGGGACAGAAAGGAGCCAAAGCCUGAAGCCUGUAACAAUGAUUCUCCUGGAAAGUGUGAUGAGAAUUACAGUAGAGACAGACAAGAGACUAAACCAAACAAAAACAUGAAUGUGGAAGAAUGCUCUCAGGACAAGACUGUAGGUCAAAAGAAUAACGAUAGGAAAGAAUCAGAGAAAAGAAAAGCACCCAAGAUGCAAGUUGAGGGGACAGUGACUGAAAAUGAACAUGAAAAGGACGUUGACAAUUCUCCAUGGGACAGUGAUGAGAGUGACUCCAAACUCAUCCCUCUGAAAAAGACCACUCUAAAGAAAAAGAGAACAUGUAAGGGCAAGAUAAUGGACAUGGACAAUGGUAUAAAAAAUGAAAGUCUCUUGGAAGAGAAAGGGCAAGUACACAUGGAAGCUGAAAAGAGGGCAGAUGCAGCGGAACAGGAUGAUGAUGAUUCACCCUGGGACAGCGAUGAGAGUGAGCGCAAGGUCACCACAGAGAAGGAAGAGGCUAAAUUGAUCCAGAAAAAUAAGGAAAAGGUGAAGAUGCAGGACACAGACUUUGGUAUAAAUGACAAAGACAACACAGUGGAGGAGGAAAAUAAAGAUGAGGAUGAGGAUGAGCUUGAUUAUGAUGCGAUGUGGAAGGAGGUCGAGGAGGCAGAUGAUCGAAUGAAGCGGGAGGCGGCUCGUCGUUCACAGUUAAGCACAAAAACUGGGCCUACAGAGACACCAGAGAAAGAGGAUGUGGAUUUGUCAUCUCCAAAAGGGAUGACUGGAAAACAAAUAGAGACCGCCAAAGCUACAUGUUCAUCUCCAAAUGUGAUCGUUCGAAAACAGUUGGUGCCGCCAAUCGAGGAGGAAAAUAAGAAUCAGGAUGAGGAAGACCCUCAUUAUGAUGAGAUGCGGCGGGAAAUCGAGGAGGUGGAGAAAAGAAUGAAGCAAAACAAGAAAAGUACAAAAUAG